CGCUACCUCCAUCCCACAUUCACGACUCAGAUCGGGAUCUCGCUCAAGGUGCUUGACAGUCCCGACCCCUUCGCCGACUUGCUCAAGUGGUAGCGCCCGCCACAGAGAACACUGCAAUUGUCGAGCUCUUCAGGCUCAGAAGCGGGCGCUCCGUAGGGAAAGUAUCUGGCUACCAUGGCCAAGCGCUCUUCCGCGGUGUCCGCGGACACUUCCAAGGUACCCAAUUCCUCUUCGACCAACAAUGAUCUCCACGAAGAUGAAAGCCUAGCUACCGAGACCAAUCUCAAAGCCAGCGGCUCGUCCAUAUCGUUCCUCGAACCUCCUGGCGGGCCUUCCAAUGGUGCGCAAGAAGCUGACGACACUUCCGGCUCGCCCGCCAAGAAGAGGAGAAAGAAAGCCGUCUCUUGCGUUGCCUGCAGACGAAGAAAGCUCAAAUGCGAUCGUGGCAUGCCAUGUGGUGCUUGCCGGGACCGUGGUGAGGCAGCCACCUGCGAGUGGGAGUCUGGUACGCAACCGCACGUCAUGAUGGGGACACGCGAUACGGCGACGACGGCGCCCUUGGAAGCGCGCAUGGAUCGAAUGGAGACGCUCAUGGCUGCCAUAGGAUCGCGUCUGGGUGUCAAUACAGAGAACGCUUUUCCAGAAGGCAGCACGGUCAAUCAAGACGCUAUCGAAACGCUGAGAAGAUUUGGAGGAAACGCUUCGCCCGUUGCUUCUCGAUCAAAUUCUCGCGAGUCGAUGGACCCGGCGCUUGCGCUACUCUGGAAGCCAGCGUCCAUCAUUAGCUGGCCACCCAUUUCUCCUCGACCUCCAAAGACCGACACGCUCGCCGCAGCUUUGACGGCUCUCCCAGACAAGUCCACCGUGGAGGAAAUGGGAAACAUGUAUUUCGACACGGCUUCAUGGUCGCACUGGGUGCUUCCAACCGAAGUCUUUUGGCAAGAAGCAUUACCUACCGUGGAGAACCUCCGGGACGCACGUGACAGAGGCGAUGCUGCGUGGGCGGAGGUUGCGAACAGCGAGCAAAUGAAUCAUUACCUGCGAAACUUGGCUCUCGUCCUAGGUGUAUGCGGUCAUGCAAUGCUGUACAGCCCUCCUUCUUUCUUCGCUCAAGUUGCACAGCGCACAGCGCACACGGCAGCACCUCGUCACUGCAUCCUUGUAGAGGUUGCACAAGCCGUUCUAGACGCUUCCGAGCAGCUCGAAAAGGUGCAUAUUGUGGGGCUACAAGCGGGUUUGGUUCUUCUCACUGCGGAAACCCUGCUGAAGGGCAUGAGUGGUAGGCUCACGGUGCUCCACUUCGCACCGCUCAUCCAUCAAGCGUUUGCCCUUGGACUGGAUCAAGAACCGUCUAUUCAGACGCCAGUGGCGGAGGCGCAAAGCCGUUUGAGGCUGUUCUUGCUCAUUUGCUUUUGGGAGUGGGGCAACUUGCACACCAAGGUGCGGAACCUCACUGAACAACCACGCAAGCACCCAUAUCUUUUUGGACCACCUGGCUCCUCGCCCUGGCACGACUAUGUACGAAGAAACGGCGAAUUGCUUCUUCCUCACGAAAUCCGCUGGCUCGCAUUUGCGCGGAUCGUCAAUAGGAAACGACAACUGGAUGACAUGUCAGAGGCGGACGCUCUGGCUCUCACGAUCGAGCUUGGGAUGGACCUGAAUAAGUUGCAUUCGGAAGUUGAGAGAGAAAUGACUUCGGAGUCCUUUAGCAAGGAUGCGAUCAUCUCGUUCAGCCCUGCGAUCCAGCGUCUUCGAAAUUUUGAGAACCAUCUUGACAGGCAUGUCGUCGCCCUCUUCAAGCCUUACUACACGAAUAUGUGGCUACUAGCCGGUCACAGGACGGCGAGGGAUACCUGCUUCGAGGCUGCGAAGAGAAUUAUUGAUGGAUUCACAUCGACUCUGGGUCAGGCGAUGCCUGGUAUCGUUGACAGCGCUAUGCAAGAGAGCAUCGAAAAGAUGCAGGCACUUUUCGAGUACAAGCGCGAAGUGGCGACCCGUUUGGUCUGGACGAUUGAAGCAACUCUGGAGGCUAUCAAUCUCCUAGAGCUGCACGCACAGCAAGUCGAUCUGCACGCUGCCAAAGUCGGCGCGGAUGGCACCGUGCAGAGACAGCAAGCUAUGAGGAAGUGUGCUGUGACGAAGCGACUGCUUGUUGCCCUCUCAUUGAGGUCAUUGCCCGCGCGCUCCGUGGUUAGCAAGCUCCAGCAUUCUGCGCUCGCGCGAGCUGAGCCGGGCUUGGCGGCUACUCGCACGAGUCUCGCCACGGCUACACCAGCCGCAGGCAGCUCUAGACGAGCGAAGCGAGCCCGUGCUGGCUCGAUACUUGGCGCGGAUAGCUCUCAAGAACCGCAAAGGAGAGCUUUAGACACCUCCAGCCCUGCACAGGGCGCUGCGCCCCUCGAGCUGCUGGCAGGCGUCUCAUCUCGGGCUGCAAGGAACGGCCAUGACGGGGAAAACGGGCUUUCGAUGCAAAGUGGAUCUGACCCGUACAACCGGCAAGAAUCGGAUGCGGUGACAAGUUCCUCUCGAGCAGAGGUUAGGGGCGCAACAGCAAACGUCUUUGAGCAAACGCAGCGUCAGCUCCAAGCUCAAGGUGGAACUCCUCUGAUACGACCUGACGGCGAGGUCAGCGCUUUGGACAAUUUGGACAUUGAUGCUCUCUUCCGGUUGGUGUUUGGCGACAUGAGCUCUACACCUGCCGGCGCACGCGUACCGGUAGACCUUUUCGAGGCUGGUCCCCCCGAAAGCGUGAUGCACACCUUGAUGCAACCCCAGCAGCCUUCAGACCAACAUUCCCACGCACCCCAAUCGCUCCAGUCUCACGCAGGUCUACCCGUUCAUCCUGCAGAGCAAUCGCACACAGCUCACGGAUCGCAGACGACGUACGGCUUUCCAGGCUCAGCGCUCAGCGCAGACUCUUCGCACGCAUCUUAUCAGUCUUUUCCCUCCUACUCUGCAAGUAGCUUAGCCAGGCAAUAUCCCUCUGCCAGCGUCGCUCCUACACAAGCUCAUUCGCGUCAACCGACCAGAAGCUCAGAACUGUCUCCUCCUGCUCCUUGGACCUUCGUCGCCGAGCCAAGGCGGUGACCAGUUUGAGGGCCCAAAAUGACCCAGAAUUCGCUGCUCACGCGC